AUGAUCCAACUUUCUUUCUUUCUUUCUUUAAUACUUUCUUUCUUUCUUUCUUUCUUUUUCUUUUCUUUUUUUUUUUUUUCCCAAAUUUCUUUCUUUCUUUUAAUUUGUUCCUUUCUUUCUUUCUUUUCUUUCUUUUAUAUGCUCCAAAAUUUUUAUUUCUUUCUAAAUAUGAUCCAGCGUUUUUUUUUCUUUCUUUUCUUUCUUUUCUUUCUUUCUUUCUUUCUUUUUUCUUUCUUUCUUUUUUCUUUUUUUGUUUUUCCAAAUUUUCUUUCUUUUCUUUCUUUUUUUUAUUUCCAACGUCUUUCUUUCUUUCUUUCUUUUUAUAUUUCUUUCUUUUUUUUUAUUUCUUUUAAAUUUGAUCCAAUGUUUUCUUUUUUUUUCUUCUUUUCUUUCUUUUCUUCUUUCUUUUUUCUUUUCUUUUCUUUCUUUCUUUCUUUCUUUCUUUCUUUUCUUUCUUUCUUUAUUUUCCAACGUCUUUUUUCUUUCUUUCUUUCUUUUUAUAUUCUCCAAAAUUUUAUUUCUUUUCUUUUCUUUCAGCGCUUUCUUUUUUUUCUUUCUUUCUUUCUUUCUUUCUUUCUUUCUUUCUUUCUUUCUUUCUUUGCUCCCAAAUUUUCUUUCUUUCUAAAUAUGUUCCAACCGCUUUCUUUUCUUCUUUCUUUCUUUCUUUCUUUCUUUCUUUCUUUCUUUCUUUCUUUCUUUGCUCCCAAAUUUUCUUUCUUUCUAAAUAUGUUCCAACGUCUUUCUUUCUUUCUUUCUUUUAUAUGCUCCAAAAUUUUAUUUCUUUCUAAAUAUGAUCCAACGCUUUCUUUUUCUUCUUUCUUUCUUUCUUUCUUUCUUUCUUUCUUUCUUUCUUUCUUUCUUUGCUCCCAAAUUUUCUUUCUUUCUAAAUAUGUUCCAACGUCUUUCUUUCUUUCUUUCUUUCUUUCUUUCUUUCUUUCUUUUUUCCUUUGCUCCCAAAUUUUCUUUCUUUCUAAAUAUGUUCCAACGUCUGUCUGUCUGCCUGUCUUUCUUUCUUUCUUUCUUUCUUUCUUUCUUUCUUUCUUUCUUUCUUUCUUUCUUCGUUUUUUUCUUUCUCUCUUUCUUUCUUUCUUUCUUUCUUUCUUUCUUUCUUUCUUUACUCUCAAAUUUUCUUUCUUUCUAAAUAUGUUCCAACGUCUGUCUUUCUUUCUUUCUUUCUCUCUUUCUUUUUUCUUUCUUUCUUUCUUUGUUUCUUUCUUUCUCUCCUUCUUUCUUUCUUUCUUUUUUCUUUCUUUCUUCGUUUCUUUCUUUCUCUCUUUCUUUCUUUCUUUCUUUCUUUCUUUCUUUACUCUCAAAUUUUCUUUCUUUCUAAAUAUGUUCCAACGUCUGUCUUUCUUUCUUUCUUUCUUUCUUUCUUUCUUUCUUUCGGAAAUUUAA